UUCUUAAGUAAACUAAAGCUCAGUAUAAAAGAGAAAUUUGAGUAUAAAAUCAAAACAAAAUAUUUUUUCUACCAAAAAAUUUAAUAUGUAAAUUAUCGAAUACUCAAUUACCAAUUUUCGUUUUAGAUUGACAGCUUUCAUCUUCUCCGAUCAGUGGCCACCGUAAUCUUGGAUUGAUGCUAGCUGCCCACAGUGGCAGUCUAAAAGAGCUCUCAUCUAUCAAACAGUAAUAUGUGUUUAUUGGGAGUUGUAUAUUCGUUACCCACACCUAUUGUGCGUCCACCUACUAUAUACGCCUCUUCAAAUGCCAGGAAAAAUAGCUGGUUAAGAGCAAAAAUCAAUGGUGAAGCUGACCCAUUACUCCAAGCUGCCACAAGUGCAGCUUCUUUGCGUUUUCAGGAGACCCAUCGGCCAGAGCCACUUUUUCUUGAUCCAUACGCCGGUUGCUUGACUGAUCCAACUAUGCAGAUGGAUUUGAAGAAGUACUCGCAUCAUUAUUGCCUUGCAACAAAGUUCAUUGAUGAUAAAUUACUGCGUACCGUGAGCCAUAUUGAUGGACUCAAGCAGGUUGUUCUGUUAACAGAUGGGAUGGACACUCGACCGUAUAGGCUUAAUUGGCCAACUUCAUCUAUAAUAUUUGAUAUAUCUCCUGAAAGGAUAUUUAAGAAAUCAGCAGAGAGGCUCAAAGGUGUUGGGGCUAAAAUUCCAAGAAGUUGUAUGUUUCUUCAUAUUCCAUUAGAGUUCUCUAAUAUACAACAAAGUCUGCACAGCAAAGGCUUCAACGGUAAUCGACCAAGCAUAUGGGCCAUGCAGGGAUUGUCCAUUAAGACUUUGGCCAGUUUUGAGGAAAUUUUGCUCAUUGUUGGUAGUUUGGCUAUGAAUGGAUCUCUGUUCGUGGGAGAACUGCCUGCUUGGUUGGCAGAAACUGAAAUUGGAAGCAAGCCAAGCAUGGAAAAAUGGAUGGAAAAAAUUUUCAUGAACAAUGGCUUCCGCGUGGAUCUGAUUAACUAUAAUGAAGUUGCAAGGAGUAUGGGCAAGGAAUUAGCUCUGGAAGACUACAAGAAUAUACUCUUUGUUGCAGAACAAUUGCGGUUUUCGGAUGAUCAGAUGGAGACCUGGAGGAGAGAAUUCCACAGGAUAGAGGAGGAUGGGGAUGAAGAAGGGUUCGAGGAGCUCUGAUUGUAUAUAGGGUUUUGCAUUUGAAUGACAUUUUUGUUCUUUCUCCUUUGGUGGAUAUACUCUUUGCUAAUCCACCUGUGUACAUUUAAUAAUGCAUGUCAAAUUCUAUAUGAGGGUGCCAAAGACUCCAUGAAAGAAGACUAAACAUGGAUAAUUGGUACUCCUCCAAUCUUUUUUUUUCCUGCUCUAAUCAGAUUCAGUUCAAGCUUUUCUAUAGAAAAAACAAUUAUCAGCA